AUGUGCGGAACCAACGCUGAUCUUCAAAAUAAAGGUGGAGGGCGUGUGAACCAGCUGGGAGGCAUGUUUCUGAACGGAAGACCUCUCCCUGAAUCCAAGAGGAGGAAAAUGAUCGAGCUGGCCUCGGAGGGGGUCCGUCCCAGCCAAAUAUCCAGGAUACUUCGGGUGUCCAAUGGGUGCGUGAGUAAGAUCCUGAGCCGGUACCGACGCACGGGACUCCUGGAGCCCAAGACCACCGGAGGGAGCCGACCUCGACUCCUCACCCCCGGGGUCAUCUCCACCAUCAUCCGGUGCAAGAGGGAGAACCCCACUAUUUUCGCCUGGGAGAUCCGGAAGCGCAUGGCUGCGGCUCGACUCUGCAAAGUCUCCAAGAUUCCCAGCGUGUCUUCCAUAAAUCGGAUUUUAAGAAAGAUCCACCUGGAGCAUGGACCCAUGUGCAUGGAGCUCAGCGCGCACAUGGAGCCGGAUUUUGAUCAUUUGAUUCAAGAUGAGGUGAAUCACAGAGACACAGUCUGCAGCGAUGAGCACAAACCUAAAGGUGUCCAGCAGCGGAACCGCACCAGCUUCACUUCUGAGCAGAGCAGGGCACUUGAGCAAGAGUUUUCUCACAGCCAGUAUGCAGACAUGUACCUGAGGGAGAAACUGUCGGCCAGAAUCAAACUUCCGGAGGAAACCAUCAAGGUCUGGUUUUCAAACAGACGGGCGAAGUGGAGGAGGGAAACCAAACAGAGGAGCAGCUCGCAGAGUAAGUACGUUCAGAAGCAAAGGGAUUUUCCUCCUGUGAAUCCAGCUCUGCCGCACGGCUUCACAUCUCCGCAGGCAACAGCAGUGUCGAGAAUGUACCGUCAUCACUCAGAAGCCUCCUCUUCCUAUGACACAGUUUCCAGGAAAUUACAAAACGGCUGCAUUUUCUCUACAGAAGCAGGUAAAAUCCGUGUUAGAAAUCCUGCACAGCUCACAUCCAUCUCUCUGCCUCCGUCACUCUUCCACCCCUCAAACAACGCGAUGACCCAGAACAUAGACACGACCCCGCUGGCUCUGCACUCGGAGGGAUUCCCUUUCCCACUGGUCCACCGGCCCACAGACGCCAGGACGUCCCUCCCAGUGCUGACUGAGGGGGUGCGGACAGGCCGCCCCGUGCCUCAGUGCUGGACCCAGCAGGGAGUUUCUCUCACUUGGAGCCAAAUCCAGACGGACCAGAGGUUUCUGUUCGCGCCGCAGACCUGGGACGUCCAUCCCCAGUAG